CAUAUUAUCAUUUAGAUUUUUUUCUGUUCUCUUUUGUAGUAAAUAAGUAUGAGUUUUAUCAUCCGCAGAACGAUCCCCUAUCCUUCUUUUAAUAUUAUUAGACUGGUUAGAAAUGCUCACAAAGGUUCAAACUUGAGUCAAAUGGCACAAUUCGUCCCCAAAUGUGAAAGAACUGAAUCUGAACUGGAUUACAUAACAAACCAGCUCAAUGAAUUCAUCCUGGACUAUUCGAAACUAUUCGUAAUCACAGGAGCUGGAAUAUCUACUGAAUCAGGAAUACGUGACUACAGGUCUGAGGGAGUUGGUUUAUACUCUAUCACUAACCACAGGCCGAUGGAAUAUCGAGAUUUUCUUCGAAGUGACCAGAAUCGACAGAGAUACUGGGCUAGAAACUUUGUUGGUUGGGAAGAAUUURGAUCUCGUCAACCAAAUGCAUCACAUUUUGCGUUGAACAAACUCGAAAGACUUGGUUUUGUACAUUCAUUAGUGACGCAGAACGUGGAUGCGUUACACACGAARGCAGGAGCGAAGAGAGUUAUUGAACUACAUGGAUGUUCGCACAGAGUCAUUUGUCUAAACUGCCAUCAAGUAACAUCAAGGAAUUCCUUACAAGAACUAUUUUACCAGUUAAACCCAGAUUGGCAUGCAAUAGGUCAAGGCCAAGCACCUGAUGGAGACACUUUUCUUGACGACAAAGUAGUGAAAGAGUUUCAAGUUCCACCGUGUCAGGGAUGUGGUGGAAUCCUGAAGCCACAAGUAGUGUUCUUUGGUGAUUCAGUUCCCAAAGAUACAGUGAGACAAGCAUCUGAACGUUUAAAGGAGAGUAAUGCUCUUCUCGUCAUUGGUUCUACAGUUGAGGUUUAUUCAGCUUACAGAUUUAUUUUACAAGCAAAGGAACGAAAGAAACCAAUUGCUCUUUUAAAUGUUGGUAAAACCAGGGCCGACYAUGUGGCUCACAUGAAGCUGUCAGCUUUGUGUGGUAGUGUACUACCAAGAUUGGAUGUUUUAAAUGAAAGUUAAGAUUAUGAUUGACAUGUCUUUUCACAGUGUAUGCAUAGUUGUAAUGAAAGAAAGAAACAAUGUCUUGUAUGCUCUUUUUGUUUAUUUGUACACAAUAAUCGAAUGUCGCUCCAAACAUUCUACCCUAAUGCAAUGAUGGAGACAAGAAAUUAUCAGAGCAGUAAAUAUUUUCAGAUUAUUUUAUUUGUAUAAAGGAUAUAAUGGUAUAAAGAGUGUGCUUUAUUAUGGCAUUUGGGUGUUCAUUAAUUUAUCAAUAUUGUAACAUGCCACGUUCAUGCCUUUAUACAUGUCAGUUGUCAGAUCCAAUAUUUGUACAUUUGUCUUGCAUGAAUAGAAGCUCUUGUACCAUAUUAUUUAUUUAUUGAAUUCACAGAUUUGCUAACUUGUUGCAUGAAAGAGAGGUGUUGGUUGUUCCAAUUCUAAUGUUACCAACAGUAACAGUGUCCAUUCCUCGGCUCAAAAUCAUGUGCAUUAAAUUCCUUGACAUAUUAUUA